AUGGACCAGACCACCGCCGACUUCACCCUCCUGCGCAAGUUGUGGCGGUGCGUGGGACUACCCGCCAGCGAUGACGGCGGCGGCGAUGACGCCGGCAGCGACCAGAGCCAAUCGUGGAAGGGGAAGGAGGUGCUGACCACGCUUCUGGCCUGCUUGGGCUUCGUGUGGCACGACGACGUCGAUCUGCUGUAUGUCGCUGGUAUCGGUCGGGGCCGGGGCCGUGGCCAUGGUGGCCGGCGGCGCAUGAUCGAGGUCCAGAACACUGUGCUGCUCAAGACAAGCCGGAUCAAGUACAAGGAGCUGCUGCAGGAUCUGGCGCCCUAUGUCACGCAACUCAACGCCUUCCUCGACGCCCGCCAACAGUCCGCCUCCACCGAGGCCAAGACGCGAGAGCAGGUGGUGAGGCGUGUGCGACGGUUCAUCGGCCAGCAGAGGCUCGCGCGCACCGAGUCCUACAUCCGGCAGCGCCUCCAAGGCGGCGCCCCCUGGCCUUCGUCCUCCGAAUGCCCCGAGUUUGCUCUCGCCCAGAUCGACGGCUAUGAGCUGCGGGUGGUCUACGCCCGCACGUUGGACCUCGCGCCGGGUGAGUACUCCGACUUCUCCGAUCGCACAGUCGAGCUCGCCUUUCCGGUCUCGGCCGACGCGCUACGCCGCGUUGAACUCGCCAGCGAGGACGAUGGCGGCGAUGAUGACCACCACCGCGCUGGGCCGCUGCCGCUGGGGGUGGUGGUCCGGGUGUCGACCAAGUCGGCCAACGGCUACACCGGCGCGCACGAGCAGUCGAUGGUUACGGCGCGCGUUGUGGGCCACCACGCGCGGCUGAGCGCCGCCUUCGCCGCCAAGGCAGUGGCGGCGGCCAACUCGGCCUCGGGCCUCGGGGGCCGUGGCACUCCAAAGCAGCCCGACGACGCCAUGGACGAGGAGGAGGGGCAGGAGGUGACAGAAGAAGAAGAUGAGGAGGAGAAGGAGGACACGGUCGUGCUGAAGCUCGAUCGCGCCAUCUCGGACAUGGGCCGCCACGAGAAGGUCAUAGCCACGGAGGCCAUCGAGCUCGUCGGCCGCCUGCUCGGCCUCGCCCUCCGGCCCACCACGAGCGAUGCGCCGCAAGCCGCCGACGCCGACGCCGACGGCACCGGUGGGCCACCGAGGCCCAGGUGGUUCCGCGCCCACAAUCCCGACCCGGCCAUGGAGACCACUCCGUUCGCGCGGGCCGUGCUGGCGUUCCUAGACGAGGCGGCGCAGAUGGCGACGUGGGACGCGGAGGAGGGCACCUUCCCCGUGCAGUCCGCCCUGCGCCAGAAGUGGGACGAAGAGGAAGCCAGCGGGGACGACGACGAUGGUGAUGAGGACACCAACAGAACAGCGGAGCAACACGAGAGCCAGCUGACCCGUGAGAUCGGAGUCCUGUGCGAAAUGGACGUCGGGUGCUGGUGA